ACGAAGGGGAGAAAAGUCAGAGACUUCAACUUUUGGGAUAAUUUUAAAUCAUUCAAUCAUUAUAUAACUGAAUGCAAAAGAUGUUGCGUAACAACACGGACCAAGUACUUUUUAAGAAAAUUUUACAAAACGAAUUGGGUCAUCAGAAUUUUAUAAUAAAACAAGUCAAACAAGAUCCAUUAAGUUCCAAAGCAGAACAUGGUCUCAGUGAUAUAUGCAGGAUUCACAUAAGAUACAUUGAAGAUGGAGAAGAAAACGACAAGAAUGGAAACUUGUUAAGUUUAAUAGUGAAAAAGGAACCGAAUACCGAAGGCGCAGGACUGGAUUUAAUUCGAAAACAAGGAUUAUUUCCAACUGAGAUAAAAUUUUUGUGGGAUGUGUUACCACAAUUGGAGGAACGAUUAGGUUUUCGAAUGGGACCUAAAAUUUUUUACAGUAAUGAAAAUUCAGAUCUUAUUAUAAUGGAGGAUCUUGGCGCAAAAGGAUAUCGACUUCCAGAUAGACAGAAGGGACUGUCUAUGCAGUACGCUUUAAUGGCUAUUGAUCGUUUAGCAAAAUUCCACGCUGCCUCUGUUUCACUUUUUGAAGACAAACCAGAGUUAAUAAAACAAUUUAAAAUCGGAAUAAUGAGUAGAGAAACACAUGAAAAUAUGUACAAAAUAGUGGAGUCUACACUUUCCCUUCUGGCGAAUUCAAUAAUUGAAAAAUGGAUUGAUCAAGAAGCUGUGACUGCGGCUCAUAAAUUGUUAAAAAUGACAGAGAAUUUUGAGAAUCGAAUUGCCAAAGUUUACGACUAUGAUGACAAUGAAGAAUUUUGCGUCUUAAAUCAUGGAGACUGUUGGCACUCUAAUUUAUUAUUUAAAACUAACGAACGAGGCACUCUCCUUGAUAUGCUAAUGAUUGACUAUCAAAUGACCAUUUUUACAUCGCCAGCAAUUGAUCUUCUUUACUUUCUCGGCAUUUGUCCUGCAAUUGAUAUUAAAUGUGAAAUGGAUGAUUAUUUUCUGGAGGUAUAUUUGCAAACUCUAAAAAUGACAAUGGGGAGAAUUUGUUGUAAAACGGAAGCACCGACAAUGGAUCAAUUGAAAAAAGCAAUUUACAAGAGAAAUAUUUACGCUGUUUUCUCGUCACUUAUUUUCUAUCCGAGAAUGAUUGCAGAUGAAAUUGACACUGAAACGUUUGAUGAUAUUUUAGCGACUGGAGAGACGAAAAUGGAUGUUUUUAAAAAUCCCGACGCAAUUGCGGCUGUGGGAAAAAUUAUUAAAGUUCUCAAUCAAAGGGGAUAUUUAGAUUAAUUUCCUAUACACUGCAAAAAAAAGUUUAUUAAAAAUUUAUUUUUAAUAAAAUCUAAAAAAUUUUUAAGUA